AUGAUCGUCCAGAAGCUAAACGAAGCUAUGGAUGAACCUGAAACAGCGAGCCUUUCCCAGUUGAAGGCUUAUGAGAAGAAAUUGGAACUACAUUAUUCGGAGUAUGCGGUGAAGCAUGACUUGAUCGUGGCUCAGUGUACUAGUGAAAACAUGGAGGAUCAGGACAAUAAGUUGGACGAGUUCGACGAGCUGCACACGGAGGCGUUAGUGAAGCUGAAUCAACUGUUGGAGUUACUUCGUGCUGAUCCACAACCUAAUAAUGGAGUUCCCCAAGUGAUUGUGACUCAGCAACCUCUGAAGACGCCGAUCCCAACCUUCGAUGGGAAGUACGAAGGUUGGCCAAAAUUCAAAGCUCUCUUCAAUGACUUGAUCCGAAAGUGUGGCGACUCCGAUGCAACUAAACUGCAAUACCUGGACAAGGCGCUGAUCGGUGAAGCUUCCGGUAUCCUUAAUGCGAGAAUCAUCAACGACAACAACUAUCAGCAAGCAUGGGAGUUGUUAGAGGAGCGCUUUGAAAAUCCGAGAGUGAUUAUUGACACCCAUAUUUCCGGUUUAUUGUCGAUGAAACCGAUAGCCAAACAAAGCUUCAAGGAGCUAAGAAACCUUAUCGAUACAUGCAAUCGCCACGUGGAAGGAUUGCGGUUCAUGGAGCAGAAGGUUGUUGGAACAGCCGGUCUUAUCGUGGUGAAGCUACUUACAAUGUGCCUUGAUGGAGAAACGCGGAAGCAGUGGGAGCUCACCAUGGAGCACGGAGAACUUCCUGACCUCGAAGAAUCCAUGAAGUUCCUAAGAAGUUAUUGCCAGGUACUUGAGAGAUGUGAAGUAGACAAGGCGUCCUCAGCUAAGGCAGCUGUUAAGCCUCUUAUGAUGGGGAAAACCAGUUCAUCGCAAAGAACCUCCAAUCCAGCUACAUCCAGUUCAUCGGAGAAUGUGUGUGAAAUAUGCGCGGGUCAACACUGCAAUUACAAGUGUCCUUCCUUCUUGAGCAUGAGUGUUGAUCAGCGUGUUACCAAGGUGAGGCAAUUCGGACUAUGUUUCAACUGCCUUAGGAAAGGCCAUCAAAUCAGGGCUUGUCCAUCAGAUAAGUCAUGCUCGAGGUGUUCCAAAAAGCAUCAUAUCAUGUUGCACUUCGAGCAGGUAUCCCAAGCUGAGCCGAAGCAGAAAACUCCAGGUGGAACAUCCAAGCCGCAGGAGAUGCAGACAGCAGCAGCUGUUCCUGAGGAUCCUGUGUCUACUGCCUGUUCCAGUAUGCAACAACGAGCGAAACAAGUGUUUUUGAUGACCGCAUUGGUGAAUGUUACGUCAAAGAGCGGAAGGAACUUCAAGUUGCGUGCUCUCUUCGAUUCCGGGUCUCAGAUCAACCUGGUUUCUGAAUCUGCUGUAAAACUGCUAGCGCUUCCGAAGUAUCCUGCCAACGUGCCAGUCGUAGGAGUGGGUGGCGCCAGAUCUCAAAUUCGUCAUCGUGUGAUCCUGAAGUGUUUCUCCGACUACACCGAUUUCCAAGGUGACAUGGACUGUUUGGUGACAGCUAGAGUGACAGGAAAGAUUCCAUCUGUUCCAGUUGACAUCUCGGAGUGGAAGUUCCCGAGUGGUAUUGUGUUGGCCGAUCCAAGCUUCAACGAACCGAGAGAAGUGGACCUACUGAUCGGUGCCGAGCUGUUUUUCAAAAUCCUGAAACAAGCUCAGCUGAAACUCUCUGAUAAUCUACCCGUACUGUACGAGACUCAGUUCGGAUGGGUUAUUGCCGGUGCUUUAGAAGAGUCCGAGGAGGAAGUCGUCAACGUGCUGUGCGCCACAAAUGAGGAUCUGUUGCUGAAGAGCAUUCAGAGGUUUUUCGAGCAAGAAGAACUUCCAGAAGAAAAAGUCCUGACGAAUGAAGAGCAAGCGAUAGAAGAUCACUUCUGCAAAACUUAUCGACGAGAUAAGGAUGGCCGAUUCGUGGUUCAACUACCGUUCCGUGAGUCCAUCAAUGAACUAGGAAACUCCCGAUCAUUAGCGUUGAAGAGGUUCCUGUCAAUUGAGAAACAUCUAACCAAUAAACCCGAGAUGAAAGAGAUGUACCAAGAGUUUAUGCAGGAGUACAAGGACCUUGGUCAUUGCCACGAGAUCCGUGAGGAAGACGAUCCGCCUGGCCAACAGAGCUACUAUUUGCCACAUCAUGCUGUACUUAAACCUACAAGUACCAGCACAAAGUUACGUGUUGUAUUUGACGCCAAGGUGAAGUCUAACGGAUUAUCCCUCAACGAAGUUCUGAUGAUUGGACCGAAAAUUCAGAACGAUCUGUUUACAAUCCAAUUACGUUUCCGGAUGCACAUAUAUGCAUUUUCUGGAGACGUUGAGAAAAUGUUUAGGCAAGUGAAACUUGAUCCAAGACAGACACAUUACCACAGAACUUUCUGGCGUGACCAACCGAUGGACCCGAUAAAAGUGAUGGAGUUGUUAACGGUGACCUACGGGACGUCUCCUGCAUCGUUUUUGGCAGUGAGGUCCAUGGUUCAACUAGCGAGAGAGGAAAGAUCCAACUUUCCUGCAGCUGCAGAGGCGAUAUUAGAGGACUGCUACAUGGACGAUAUAUUGAGUGGUGCCCCAACACUUGCAUCCGCGAAGCAACUGCGAAGUGAUAUCGAGGAGCUUAUGAUGAAAGGAAAAUUUCCUAUCCGAAAAUGGUGUACCAACGACGACGAAAUUCUUAAAGGUGUUCCGGAUCAAGACCGUGAAAAGCUAGUUCGAAUAGGAGAUUCUGGUACCAAUGAAGCGAUUCGAGCUUUAGGUGUUCUGUGGGACCCAAGAUGUGAUCAGUUCCUGUUUUGGAGAAACCCGGAAGUGAUGCAACCGGAUGUGAAGGUGACUAAAAGGUAUGUUCUCUCACAAAUCGCCAAACUGUUUGAUCCCCUUGGCCUCAUAUCACCUGUGAUCGUUUUGGCUAAGUCCAUCAUGCAGCAAUUGUGGGCUGAUGGUCUGGGAUGGGACGAUACCCUAGAGGGCGAGUUGUUGAGUAGAUGGGUGACCUUACAUCAGUCAUUGGUACAACUGAACGAGAUACGAAUACCGAGAUGUGUUAUGGCUCCUGGAGCUCAACGUAUUGAGAUUCACGGCUUCUCUGAUGCGUCGUGUACUGCUUAUGGUGCAUGCGUUUAUUUGCGUUGUGUUCAGGAGGACGGGGCAGUGUCAGUUAGGCUGCUUUGCAGUAAGUCAAGGAUUGCCCCUCUGCGUCGUCUCACAAUACCUAGAUUAGAGCUGUGUGCCGCUGUGGUAUUGGCCAAACUGGUUAGUGUAGUGAUCCCUAUUCUGAAAACCGAAUUCCACGAUAUCAAGCUGUGGUCUGAUAGCCAAAUUGUGCUGGCAUGGAUAAAGAAGAAUCCGGAUCAACUUCAAGUCUACGUCAGAAACCGAGUUUUGGAUAUUAACAAACUGACUAGUGCCUACGAGUGGAAGUACGUCAGAUCCGAGAAUAAUCCUGCGGAUUUGGUGUCCAGAGGGUGUUACCCUGGUGUGUUGCAUCGUUCUGAUAUGUGGUGGAAUGGUCCACUAUUUCUGCAAGAUGUUAACUACGAUAUCCAGGAGACUCCGGUGAUUCAAGAUGAAGAGUUACCAGAAAUGCGACAAGUUCAAGUGUGUAACCCAGCGGUCGAUGUUGAAGACGAUCCGGUAUUCGAGCGGUGCGGAUCGUUUUCCAAGCUGCAACGUGUAUUGGCGCAGGUGGUGAGAUUCACUCGACUGAUACGAAUGAAAAAGGAGAAUCGUAAACAUGCAAGAUACAUUUCUGGGCAAGACAUGCGGAAGGCAUUGGAUUACAUAGUAAGGAUUUUGCAGAGGACCGGAUUGAACGAGGAGAUCCAGUGUGUUCAGCGUAAGGAGUUGCCGAAGCGAUUGGCGAAUCUUCAACCAUUCCUGGACGAAGAAGGUUUCCUUCGCGUCGGCGGGCGUCUACAAAACUCUAAAUUACCGUAUGACGCCAAGCACCAAUUACUUCUUCCACGCAAUCACCGAGUGACGGAAAUGUUGAUUCGUCAAUAUCACGAGGAGAGACUGCAUGAAGGGCCAUCCGGUUUGCUGGCAGCAAUAAGGCAGAAGUACUGGUUGGUAAAUGCUCGAUCUGCCAUCCGGAAAGUGACUCGAAGCUGCGUAAAGUGUUUCAGGACUAAGCCGAGAGGAAUUCAGCCCUUAAUGGGCCCAGUUCAGUCAUGGAGGUUGGGUCAAAUUGUUGCUCUUUACCCGGGAAGGGAUGACGUGAUCAGAGUCGCCGACGUGAAGACUGCAACGGGAGUAUUCCGGCGCUCCAUUCGGAAGUUGGCGCCUCUUCCUAUUACCGACAACGACCAAUCGAAGAUUUCCGCUUUUGGAAUGGUAUUCCAACCGGCGGGAGUAUGUACGCGAUGA